UUCAAAAUUAUGAUUUUGCUCUCAGUUUAAAAUCAUGAUUUCGCCUCCUGUUCAAAAUAUAAUUCCGAUUUUGCCAUUUGUACAGACAUACAUGUUAUGAGAGAGAAAUAUUUGCCUUAUUGCCCUGCAACACGGGCAAGGCAAAAACUAGUUUUCUACAAAUUGAGUCCUUAACAUAUUUUAACAUAUUAAAAUUCUGUUCAAUGAUUUCAAGCAUAUCGUUUUUAUUUUUUUAAACUAACAAUUAAAGCAAAGCAAGAAUAAAGCUAAAAGAAGAAUCUGAGUUUGCUUUUUUAAAAGAGAAAAAGUGAUGCUUACACUUUAUUGUUCACAACAUUUGGUAACUUUAUAAGACCCCCCGUAACGGGGCGUUUUUUUUAAAAAAAAUUGAAAAAAAACGCUCGAUAACGCCGGAUUCGCCAUUACACGGGGCGUUUCCGGGCGUUUUUUUUGAAAAAAAUUGUGUUUGGCGUGAUUUUUAAAACGCUGAACAAUGUUGAACGGACCAAUCCCAACGGCUAGUUGUUAACGGCUACUUUUUAUUUUUUAUUUUUUUUAUUUCCCCCUAUAUAUAUAUAUAUACUCUCAAUCAUUUUCAACUCAAAAAAUCACAAAAACUCUCUAAAAAAUACAAGAAUUUUAUAAAAACUUGAUGGAUUCUCCUAGUUCUUCCUCCAUGCUAAACUAUUGCUAUCACGACUUUUUUGCGGAUGGCGAUGGUUCAACCGAUGAGGAGGUUGAGCAAGAGGCGGUUACGGGUGCUUGUAAACUAGCGAUGAGAUAUUCCGAGCAUUGUCGUCGCCCACAAGCCAAAAAAGGUAAAAGAGGUUAUAUUGAACGAGACCGACGCGGGGCACACGAUCGUUUGAUGAAAGAUUAUUUUGAUGAGGAGCCGACAUAUUCGAACGAAAUGUUUAGACGUCGUUUCCGAAUGAGUAAGCGGUUAUUUCUACGUAUAGUCCACGACUUGGAAGCCAACUACGAUUUUUUUAAACAAAAAUCGGAUGCGAGAGGGGAACUUGGAUUUACCGGUAUCCAAAAGUGUACCUCGGCGUUACGAAUCCUUGCUUAUGGAAACACUACCGACAUCAAUGACGAGUAUCUAAAAAUGGGGGAGAAAACAACGAGAGAUAGCUUGGAGCAUUUUUGUCGCGGUAUAAUUGAUGUGUACGGUGCGCGUUAUCUUAGAACGCCUACAUGGGAGGACCUUCAAAAGAUCUACGAGGUACAUAAUGCCGAGCAUGGUUUGCCUGGUAUGAUCGGGAGCAUAGAUUGCAUGCACAACAUGAUUUUGGAAGACGAAGGAAAGGCAAGAUGCCAGAAUUAUGUGCCAGAAGCCGUUCAAGAGGAGCAUCCACAGGCGUCAAUGGAAGAAAGAAGUCAUGCUAUAGUAUAG